AUGUGGUCGUCGCUGGUGGCGCUGGCGGCGCUGGCGUGCCUGGCGGAGGGCGUGCGCGGCGGCUACGGCCUGAGCCUGUUCGCCGGGCAGGCGGCGCCGCAGCCGGACCCCUGCUACGACGAGACCGGGCAGCCGCGCCGCUGCAUCCCCGACUUCGUCAACGCCGCCUUCGGCAAGGAGGUGAAGGUGUCGAGCACGUGCGGCCGCCCGCAGGCCCGCUACUGCGUGCUGGCCGAGAAGGGCGAGGAGCGCAGCCGCUCGUGCCACCUGUGCGACGCCGCCGACCCCAAGCGCGCCCGGCCCGCCGCCUACCUGACCGACCUCAACAACCCGCACAACCUGACGUGCUGGCAGUCGGAGGCCUUCGUGCAGCACCCGCUCAACGUGACGCUGGCGCUGGCGCUGGGCAAGAAGUUCGAGGUGACCUACGUCAGCCUGCAGUUCUGCUCGCCGCGCCCGGAGUCCAUGGCCAUCUACAAGUCGAUGGACGGCGGCAAGGCCUGGGUGCCCUUCCAGUUCUACUCCACGCAGUGCCGCAAGAUGUACAACAAGCCCAGCCGCGCUCCCAUCACCAAGCAGAACGAGCAGGAGGCCAUCUGCACCGACUCGCACACCGACAUGCGGCCCCUCUCCGGCGGCCUCAUCGCCUUCAGCACCCUCGACGGCCGGCCCUCGGCCCACGACUUCGACAACUCGCCCGUCCUGCAGGACUGGGUCACGGCCACCGACAUCAAGGUGGUCUUCAGCCGCCUCCACACCUUCGGCGACGAGAACGAGGACGACUCCCAGCUGGCCCGAGACUCCUACUACUACGCCGUCUCCGACCUGCAGGUGGGCGGCCGCUGCAAGUGCAACGGGCACGCUUCCCGCUGCGUCCGCGACCGCGACGACAACCUCGUCUGCGACUGCAAGCACAACACGGCGGGCCCCGAGUGCGACCGCUGCAAGCCCUUCCACUACGACCGGCCUUGGCAGAGGGCCACCGCCCGCGAGGCCAACGAGUGCGUCGCAUGCAACUGCAACCUGCAUGCCAGGAGGUGUCGUUUUAACAUGGAACUUUACAAAUUAUCUGGUCGCAAGAGUGGAGGUGUUUGCCUUAAUUGCAGGCACAACACAGCAGGACGUCACUGUCACUACUGCAAGGAAGGCUACUAUCGGGACGUGACCAAACCAAUCACUCAUAGGAAGGCAUGCAAAGCAUGUGAUUGCCAUCCCGUGGGUGCAGCUGGGAAAACCUGUAAUCAAACCACAGGGCAAUGUCCCUGCAAAGAUGGCGUGACGGGCAUCACUUGCAAUCGAUGUGCCAAAGGUUACCAGCAAAGCAGAUCUCCAAUUGCCCCCUGCAUAAAAAUUCCUGUUGCUCCUCUGACUACUGUGGCCAGCAGCACAGAAGAACCUGAAGACUGUGAUUUGUAUUGCAAGGCAUCCAAAGGGAAGCUGAAGAUCAACAUGAAGAAGUAUUGCAAGAAAGACUACGCUGUCCAGAUCCACACCUUGAAAGCAGACAAGGCAGGAGAAUGGUGGAAGUUCACAGUCAAUAUCAUCUCUGUGUACAAGCAAGGGACAAACCGGAUACGGCGUGGUGACCAGAUCCUCUGGAUACGCUCCAAGGAUGUUACCUGCAAGUGUCCCAAAAUCAAACCCAUGAAGAAAUACUUGCUGCUGGGACAUGAUGAGGACUCUCCUGACCAGAAUGGCAUUGUGGCAGACAAAAGCAGCCUUGUGAUACAGUGGAGGGACACAUGGGCUAGGCGGUUGAGGAAGUUCCAACAACGGGAAAAGAAGGGGAAGUGCAAGAAAGCCUAAAAAGUGAGAUCGAGAUAUGAAGUGAGACUACAUAUGCUACUUGGGUAGAACUUGGAGUGGGUGGGAUGGGGUUAGGGACAUUGGCAAGAAACUCACUUUGCAGUAUAUGAGUGAUUGGGGUGGGAGGGUGAAGGAGGGAUUAACAACUUUUGUGAGACAUGCCAGAUUUGUACCUCAUACUACAGAAUGUCCCCUCCCCCCAAAUACUGGAGAGAGAAAACAAGUUUAGAGAAGGAGGGCUAUGUGAGACCUUACCAUAAUAGAAAGCAUUAGGUCAGUUACUAGUUUGCAUCAUCCCCUUUUAUUUUCCUUCUCCCUCCCCCCAUCAAAGGAGUGACCAACUGUCUUAAUUUUGCUAACAUUGACUAGUUCCAAAGUCCAG